GUUAAGGUCCCUCCUCCACUCUCUACUCUCUCUAUCUAAAUCUAAUUCUAAUGUAUAUUUAAUAUUGUAUAUCUCACAUCUCAUAUCAAAGAAUCGAUUUUUAAAAGCGCUUCCACAUUCUACGGAGAAGCGGUGCUUUCCGGUUGCUUCUCCGUACGGCGACAGGAGAGAAAGGCUCCGCCUUUUUAGGAGCGCCCUUGCCCCACUCGCUGAAGAAGCCGAGGAACUCGGAGGGGGAGACCCAAAGAUCGCUUCUUUUUUUUUUUUUUUUGUUGGUGAAAAAAGACGACGCCUUUUGCGGAGGAGAGCGAGAAUGGACGCUCUGAGGCUCGUGAGGGGGAUCCAGUCGCCGGCGAUCGGCAUCGACGUGCGCGUCCACAACCACCACCACCACCACCACGCCUCGGUGCAGGUGAGCGCCGUGGGCCCGCGCGCCGCCGCCCACGGCUGCGCAGAGACCGCCGGCGCCGCGGCGGCGGCGGCGGCGGCGGGGCCGCACUCGUACGUGUUCCCGCGGCCCCUGAGGAGGAUAUGGCUCGGGGGAGGCGGAGGCGCGAAGGGGAGUGAAGAGGUCGAGGAGAGGGAGGAGGAAGCGGUGGCGACGGAGGAAGAGGUGGCGACGGAGGAGGAGGAGCGGAGGAGGAAUAAUUGGGUGGUGAAGAUACUGCGAGUGAGAUCGCUCUGGGCGGAGGGGGAAGAGGGGAAAUCUAGGAUUAGCGAGGAGGAGGAGGAGGCCGAAGAGGAGGAGGAGGAGGAGGAGGGGGAUCGGUGCGUCGCGUGCGGGGGAGACGAGGGUUCGGAGGCGUGCCCCGUCGAGGACGAUGAAGAAGAAGAGGAGGAGAAGGGGGAGAGGAUCGUGUUCGAUAGGGACUCGUUCUCGAGGUUGCUUACAAAAGUGUCGCUCGCCGAGGCGCAGCGCUACGCGAAGAUGUCGUACCUCGGCUACCUCGCGUACAUCAUCCCCAAAAUCAAGCCAAAAAACCUCCUUCGAUACCAUGGAUUACAUUUUGUCACUUCAUCGCUAGAAAAGCAAAAGAAACCUUCGGGCUCGAACGAGAGCGAGUGCAAAGAUCAACACCAGGAAGCAAAAGACGCUACCGUCGUCAACGACGAAGUGAAGAAGAAACAGAGUGGAAAUGGCUACGGAAUAAGUGCUUCCGCCGCAUACCACAUUGCGGCUUCUGCCGCCUCUUACCUUCAAUCUCGCACGAUGGGGAUUCUUCCCUUCGGGCACGGUAAGGAAGAGAGCAAGGACGGUAAUUCAACUGAAGUGGGCGCAGUAAAUGAAAACGGAGGGAAAGUUGUGAAUUCCGAGGAAGCAUCAUUUGUGGCCACCACGAAUUCGGUGACCGCCAUGGUUGCCGCAAAGGAAGAGACGAAACAAGCCGUCGCAAAGGACUUGAACUCGGCACAGUCGUCACCAUGCGAGUGGUUUAUAUGCGAUGAUGAUGGCGGCGGUACAAGAUAUUUCGUUAUUCAGGGUUCAGAGACGCUCGCUUCUUGGCAGGCAAAUCUUCUUUUCGAACCCAUUCAAUUCGAGGGACUCGAUGUGCUCGUGCAUAGGGGCAUCUAUGAAGCUGCCAAGGGGAUUUAUCAACAGAUGUUGCCAGAAAUCAAAGCGCACUUAAACUCUCACGGUAACUCAGCAACUCUCAGCUUCACUGGCCACUCUCUUGGCGGUAGCCUCGCUCUUCUCGUGAAUCUCAUGCUCCUAAUAAGAGGCGAGGCGCCCGCCUCAUCUUUACUCCCCGUUAUUACGUUCGGUGCGCCGUGCAUCAUGUGCGGAGGAGACAACUUGCUGAGGAAACUAGGGUUGCCUAAAAGCCAUGUCCAGGCUAUAACAAUGCACAGAGAUAUCGUCCCUCGAGCUUUCUCUUGCAACUAUCCGGAUCACGUGGCUAACAUUCUCAAGGCGGUCAAUGGGAACUUCCGGAAUCUUUCAUGUCUCAACAAUCAGAAGAUGCUGUAUGCUCCCAUGGGCGAACUUCUGAUUUUGCAACCUGAUGAGAAGUUCUCCCCGCACCACCACCUUCUCCCCCACGGCAGUGGCCUCUACCUUUUAGGCGAGGCAUCAAACGAUUCGGCCAAUUCGGCUGAUUCAAAAAGGUUACUGCAAGCGGCGCAAUGCACUUUCCUGAACUCUCCUCACCCCCUCGAGAUCUUAAGCGACCGCUCGGCCUACGGCUCCAAAGGGACGGUCUACCGGGACCACGACAUGAACUCGUACUUGAAGUCGAUCCGUUGCGUGAUCGGGCACGAGCUCAAGCACCGCAGGAAAGCCAAGAGGGAGCAACGCCGCCACAUGUGGUGGCCCAUUGUCGUGGCCCAGGGCAUCGGGCCUAGCAUCAUGAUGGGCACGAGGGGUGGGUCGGCUAGCACCCCUAAUCGGCACCAUUUUAGCUUUGCCGGCGUCUUUCAUGGUGGACGGGAGACCUUGAGGCGGUUUGGGCGGCUCGUCGCAUCGCAACACGUGCACAUGUUCGUCGUGCUCUUGCUCCCUGCACGGCUUUUGCUCCUCGGAACACUAUCAAUCGUCAAAUUUAGCUGAUUUAAGGUCGAGUUUUAUCGGCCAUUCUUUAUUCAUUGGAUCCAUUAUAUUCUUUUCUCGAUGUAAAAAUCGGUGUUCAAAGUGAAGGUGUAAUUAGUUUACGGACAUUUCAAUUUCUUUUUUUUGUUAUUGGUUGCUUAUUCAUGGAGCAACAUAAAUGGGAAGAAGUAUUCAUGGAACAGAAUUUGAUAUUCUUUUUAUACGGAAAAAAAAGUUCAAGCAAUGAAUAGUUAGUACCUUAUUUCA